UGUCGAGCUUUGGGCAGCUGCUGCCUUUCUCAUCGACGCAGCUGCGGCUGUGUUUCAUGUGCGGCUGCUGGCGAUGUUUUGUUGCUCUUGCUUUCUUUUACUUUGGCCGCCUCGCACGCAAAGUUCAGAUGCUGGCGGCGAUGCUACACCCGUGGCUGCUGUCAGGCGCUCGUGUUGGAGCUGUUUGCUGCCGCGCACACACGAUAUAUGUGUGUCGAGUUGGCACCUCGCUUGCUGCGGAUUACGUGCGCGGCUGCCGUGGUUCAUAGACUCGGGAACGCACGCGCUCAGUGGCAGCGCGGCGGGCGCAUGCUAUGUCUGAUGUGGCGUGUGGCUACCAGCUUGUACCCCAAGAGGACCCCGACGACUCGACGGAUACCUUCUUCUUCACAAUGGAAGACCGCAUGGGCAUGACAGUGACCUCUGGCAGCGUGGUCAUCCAGAAGGACGACAGCAACCUCAUUGGCAUCAGCAUCGGGGGAGGCGCCCCCCUCUGCCCCUGCCUCUACGUUGUGCAGGUGUUUGACAACACGCCGGCUGCCCGAGACGGCACACUGCAGUCUGGUGAUGAGAUUGUGGGCGUCAACGGAAGUGCCGUCAAGGGCAAGACCAAGGUUGAGGUUGCCAAGAUGAUCCAGGGUGUCAAGCAGAAAGAAGUGACCAUCAACUACAACAAGCUCCACGCGGACCCCAAGCAGGGCAAGACACUCGAUAUUGUUCUGAAGAAAGCCAAGCACCGCAUCGUGGAGAACAUGAGUUCUACCACCGCAGACGCUCUGGGCCUGAGUCGGGCCAUCCUCUGCAAUGACAGCCUGGUGAAGAAGCUGGAGGAGCUGUCGAGGAACGAGCAGAUCUACAAGGGCCUCAUGGAGCACACCCACCACAUGCUCAAGGCCUUCUUCGACAUGUGCCACAUAUAUCGCAUAUUUGGUGACGUUUUUGCUGAGAUCGGAGUCCGCGAGCCCCAGCCGAGGGCCAGCGAAGCCUUUACCCGCUUUGGCGAGGCUCACCGUAGCAUCGAGAAGUAUGGCAUCAAACUGCUCAAGACCGUGCGACCCAUGCUGAGUGACCUGAACACGUACCUGAACAAGGCUGUACCGGACACCAAAUUGACCAUCAAGAAGUAUGCAGAUGCGAAGUUUGAAUACCUGUCGUACUGCUUGAAGGUCAAGGAGAUGGACGACGAAGAGUACGCCUACCAGGCGCUGCAGGAACCGCUCUACCGGGUGGAGACGGGCAACUACGAGUACCGCCUGAUCCUGCGCUGCCGUCAGGAUGCCCGUGUACGCUUCGCCAAGCUGCGCUCAGACGUGCUCGUCAAGCUCGAGCUGCUCGACCAGAAGCAUGUGCAGGACAUAGUGUUCCAGCUGCAGCGGCUGGUGUCCGCACUGUCUCAGUACCACAGCGACUGCCACGGGGUGAUGAAGGGCAGCUGCAUCUUCCCCAUCGAGGUGGACCUGUCACGCUCCACCUUCCACUACCCGGACCCUUCUGUCAGCCCCUACCAGGAUGAGGAGGAAGAGGACGAAGAAGAUGACGAACUGCUCUCGGCCGGCUCGGGACCUUCCACAGCUGACGACAAUGGCGCCAGCGCCGCCAGCUCGGCCACCUUAGUUGCCACGGCUGUCGAGCAGUCCCUGCUGCUCAACGACUAGUGGGGGCUGCUUCUGCUUGCCUCGUUCCAGAUACAGAUCUAGGAGUCACCGUCUCGGCCUGAAUGCCCCAAGCAUGCAGACUGAGCGAAUUUGAGGAGACACUUAUGACUAGUCAUUUUUGUACGCUGUUUUCAGUGCUGCCUAGUCAGACUUUCCAUCUGGAGCCUGAGGAGGUGUUGUAAAUUUUCACCACUGCUGUGAAUAUUCAUCAGGUGCAGUGAUGUCUGAUACAUUCCAUGUUGACACAGGCCCACCCACCUUCUCAUGUGUGCGGUGAACAGUCAUUCCAGCAGCAAUUAAACAUCGGCCGGGCUAACCAAGUGUUUUCCAUUACUGUUUACAUGUUUUUGAAUGGCCUGGAGUGUUGAUGCUUUCGUGUUGAAAAACCACAAAUUCCAUUAUAGUCAGCAUAUUUUCUUGGGCUCUUGGCAUUUGUGUUAAUGGAAUGCCGGGCAGAACUGUACGUUGUUUUCGUGUGUCUGUCUAGUCAUACUUCCUGAGCCGACGUGUGUGUGAAACGUGUUAAAGUGUUGACUCAAGUCUUGUAAGUGAUGAAUGAAAGAUGAUUUAUAUGCACCUGUGCAUGGCAUAUGAAAAGACGACAAUGCUACUAGCAAAAUAUAUCUUUUGUUAUGAGCACGCACAUUUAAAUUUUACCACUACAAUUGCACACUGGUCUCUAGUGGAGAAUAAACCCGGUGUCAAACCCGGUUGCAUUGCUGGGAAACACAGGGUUCAUAGCAAUCCUUGAAACUCUUGAAUAUCAGAACACUUUUUUUUAAAGGCCAUUGUGUCUCUCAAAGUAGCUUAAAAAUCACUGAAUUAUGUUUCAAGGUGGCUGAUUUUGUUUGGACAUCUGGCUGUAAAGUUUGUUCAGUAUAUAGAGCUCAAGCCAAUGCAGUACUUUUAGUGAAUUUGUGGUGGUUCACAUGUUAUGCUAUUUCUUUGUGCCUUUUUUGUUCUAGGGCUAUAGGAAAAAGGUUGUUGAAGACAAUAUAUUUUAUUUUUAAACUGUCAACUGUAAUAUUGCUGUUGGCCUUUAUACUAAUGCUUUUUCUGGGCCAAAGGUGCCUUUAAAGGCCCUUUAAUACUUUUUUUUUACAUAGACCACCAGGAACACUAGAAAUAGCACUGUGUUUGCUGUGACACAGCACCCUGUAUUUUCACAGUGCCUGCUCAAUCGCUGCACAAUGCAUGGAAGCUAGCGGUCUACAAUGGUGUCACCGUGUCACCAAGUAUUUUAUACCGGUCGUUACAGCAUGGACAACUUUUGCCAAGCACUGCUGCCAUGCCUUUGCUUCAGCAUGACGUGCACUCAGGGAAAGUUAGCGUGGCCCUAACAGUGCCCUCUAUGUGACUCCCGGUCACUGGUCAGGCAUUGAAAAACUACAGGAGGCUAUGGCUAUGGUCUUCAUCUCUAGUGGCUCAGGGCGGUAUUGGGGUUCUGCUGCUGAACAUAGUUGCAUGGAACACAGGCUCCACUGGAGCCUUAUUCCAAAGAUAGUGCAAUGCAAAAGCACUUGUAUACAUUCAGUUCAUAGGAUGUUACAGAAUGCUCAGAGCAUGAAGUGCUGCUUUUGUGACUGACAUUCCUUAGGGUUACUUGAACCGGGCCGCAAAAGCAAUGUUUUUACUAUAGACUUUUGAAUUCAAGAUCUGCAAAUUAUACUCCUCACCUUUUAACUCGACUGUUUAACGUUUCCAAGGGCACCCAAACGUAAUUAGGGGUCACUAAAGAGAAACAGCAAUAGAGUAUUCUUUGAAAACUCCUAUUUUUCUCAAUUUUGCAGUACUUGGUUGAUUAUUUUUAAAAAGUGGAGGUCAGAGUUGCAUUUUUUAAAUUUCCACUCAGAAACACUAGUGCCAGUGCGUCAGUGUGGAAUCAUGGAUUUCAAAGUAUUUUCUUCUAUUUGGGCCAUUGUUAGGCAGUAAAUGUUUGCAAAACUUAUUAAGUUCAGUCUUUGGCUUCUUUUGAGUAAAAUGUAGUCCAUCGUUACUAAUAAAUAUUUAGCUAUGCCUCAGCUAACACCAUCAAAAUUCAUGAUGUCACGGCGAGAAAGCGUUGGAACUUCAAGGCGGUGGCGCCACCUGUCUUUCUUUUUGCAGCUUUUCUGGCAUUCCAAGCUUCCUCUCACGAGAGUGCGUUUGCAAUGUAGUAGAACAGUAAUUUACACUGCUGAACCUAUUUUUCUCUUUAGGGUCUCUUCAGGCAAAACAUUUGGUACUUGAAACAAAUUCCAGUGUCUAAUUAAUAUAGAAGUCGGCUGUAGUAUGUUUUUGAGGGCAUCCCAGCUACGUUAAAUUUUAGUUUUUGUACACUUUGCGAAAAACUGUCAAUAUUGCUGGCUCAGCACUGUUCAGCUGCAAUGGAUAGGAUCUUGCCUGGAUAUAUAUUGUACACGCUGUUACACACUACUGUCUAGCUUUUCAGGUUGCUAUGCUUGGAAAAGGUUUAGCUGCUUACACAUUGCAAGUGCUGCACAGAACCUGAUCAUAGUAGUAGCUCGCACAUUGCACUUAUUUUAUUUCACCUUCCAAGUCUUUUCUUUUUUGUCCUUUUUGUGCCAGAGGUCUGUUUAAAUUUUUUCAUGCUAUUUUAUCUUGCUUUUUUUAAUAACUUUUUCAUAACAGUUGAACCUGGAUAUCACAAACCUAAUUAUAAUGAACUGUCAGAUAUAAUGAAGUAAAUCUAGACUGUUUCUAGCCAAUGUUGGCAUGGAACGAAUAUAUGCUUAAUAAUGAAUAUUGAAUAUAUUAUUCACUAUUGAAUGACAAAGGUAUUUUCGUGUGAGAUGCUACUGUUAUAACGAGGCUCUUCUGUAGUAAUCUCGUGCCCUCUUGUCUUUCGAAGUUUAUCCUUUUUUUCCUUCGUUUUCAAGCCCUUGCCAGCAUUGCCCUUUCUUGGUUGAGAGCAGGCCAACACACUCGCACUACACUCUAUUUUUUUAUGAAUUAUCUAAGACAUUGUUGUGUAAUAUUGUCGAAGCAUGUGAAGAAAUGAGACGCCUUCUGUGUGCGAUAUCAUGUUUCAUUUUCUCUGAUUUGUGGCUCCUUGCCAGUGAACUGGAACAAAAAUGGCGUAAAUGUCCGUGUGUUUGACUAGUCUUCCUGCGACAGUGUCUGUAUCCAUGCGCUUUGUGCGUCUAGCCUCAAGACAACAGAGUAAAUUUUUACACUCUUGCUUGCACCUAUGCACAUCACGUAUAAACAGAGUUGGCAUUAUUUUAUACCAAAGGUUCUUUUAAAAGAACAGUCAGGAUCUGCUAGAAUCAGCUGAAUAUUUUAUGAACGUGCUAGAUAUCUACUACGAGAAACUCCUCUAAGAAAUAGUAUCAAGCAUAGUUUCAGGUAUAUCAAAGUAUUGAAUAAAUAUAACAUUGAAUCAAACAGCUUAAAACGGCACCAAUAGGAUGCCUAGUUUUUUGUUGCCUCGCACUUGUUUACAUUAAGAAAAUGUGUUUUCAAUGUUCCUCAAGAAUGCCUUUUUAUGUAAAAAUUUAAAUGUGUGACAAAAUUUACAUCAGAGUAUUAUAUCGCAGUGGCUAAAUUAGAACAGAAGGUGCUGAAAACCAGCUUGCCAAUUUUCGUUCUCUAAGGAGACUGUUAAAACAUUCAAAUAUGAUACAAUCUUCCAAAUAAUUUUGUGAAGCAGCUUAGUCUGGUGAAAACAAUUGUUUCAGAAUCCACCAUCCUCUAGAAGCUAAAUAAGCCCUAAAUUCACUAGAACUUGCAGUAAAUUCUGUAAAGCGCCAACACUUUGGAUAAUGCACUGCUGAGCUCGGGGUCACGAUACAAUCCUGGCUACAGUGGCUGCAUUUUCAUGGCGGCGAAAUGCAAAAGCACUUGCGUACUUAAAAUUAGGUGCAUGUUAAUGAACCCUCUGUGGUCAAUAAUGGGAUCAUGAUUUAAGGCACUUAAAAUUGAUUUUUUUAAUUACUUUAGAUAAAUAACACAUAGCUAUAGGAUCUGCCUUCACAAUAAUGUCAAACACUUUACAUUAUCACACACUUUUUAUUGUGUUCUUUUUAAGCUUUUAGUGUGGGAAUUCUUUCUAGAAGAAACCUACAAAAUUUUCAAAUUUUUUUAUGUGUAUGUCGAUCGCUAGUCAUACGAGUUACUGUCCGUUGUUAAAAAUCAAUUAUAUUUAUGGUUUGACUUUUAUGUUAACACUAAAAAACUACCUAUGAAGAACUGCUCUGAAAUAGACAUUUUUGCUGAACACUAAGAUAAUUUUAAUACUUUUAUACAAAAACAAUAAUCAAGCGAAUGUAAAUGGGAAAUUAAUUAGCUUUGGACACAGGUUAAAUUCAUAUUGCCAGUUGUAAACUUAUUCUAUCGCUUAUUGAAUCUAUUCAUUGUAAAAGCAAUUAUCUAAAGUCAAGCCAUGUGCUUUUCUUCGUCAGAUUUUUCAUUCCUAAAUAAGCCAGUCAUUUUGCAGUUCUUAGAUGUUGGCAUGAUAGGCCUUUGCAGUAUUCAUGCAGUCAUUUAUUUAAAUGCCAUCAACUUCUACUCCCUGGUAAAUUGGAUCUCCUGUUUCAAUCGUUGACAUUGACUGAUAACGUAAUCUAGGAGCUGUAACAAGUUUCCUGCUUGGUACAUAGGCUUGACAAAAAUGAAGUUCUCAUUUUGAAAAGGGGCAGUGAAGGUACCUGUACACAAAAGAAAGACAAAGAAACCUGACAAGUGCUGCAGUCACAACUAUGUACCUUAAUAUACACACCUGCACAUGCUCAUGUGACGAACAUUUGCAUUUCGUAACAAACCAGGCAAGAAAAAAUGCAAAUUAAGUAAUUGAACACCACAUCACUGUCACUGCUUUCUUGAAAAUGAUAGCCCACCUUUUUGCGAGUGCUUUCUGUAUUUCUUGUCUUUUCUUUUUUAAAAUGAAACCAUUACCAAAACCUCUGGCUGUUUAUAAGUAUGGUACAUAAAUAAAUAUUGUAUUAUUGUUGUUAUGAAUAUAUUCAUAAUAUACAGCGUGAUAGAUGCCUGACUUAGCCUAUCUUUUUAUUUUGCUAAAGUAGCAUUCUGCUGUGGAGCAUGAAAUUGCGGGUGCUCUUCCCAGCUGCCAUGAUUACGUCUUGAUAAUUGGGGAAUGUGAGGACACCUGCACCAAGCAUUCAGUGUACAUUAAAUAAAUAGCUCUGGAAGUGUAAAAUCAACUCACAGCCCUGAACUAUGGUGUAUCUCAUAGCUCUGAAGACUAUCCAUUUGAAGAGUAAGGAGUUACACACCUGAGCCUAAAAUCCAGAAACGUUUCCUAGUCAUGCCUACUGCUAGUCAUUCUCGAAAAUUUAUAUGCAGCUUCAGGGUGACGUAGCGAUUCCAUUGCUAUCUGGAUCUUUUCACACCUUGUCAGUGGUCGAAGUGGUGCUCCACCCUCUAUCAACUGGAUUGCCUGGCCGUGAAUAGUGGAGGAUAAGGAAGGAAUAGAAUCGGGAGCAAAAGAAAUCCUUAUAUUGUUGCAGCCCAGGUGUGUGAUCCCGAUUUUCAUUAUUCCGCAGCAUUGGUGUCUACGAAAAUUGUGUGCGUAAACUGCACCUGGAAGGCACCGAAUGACAUGGGGCAUAUGCUGGUACUUAAAAUCUGUGUGUGUUUGGUUAAGUAGCAAUGCACGACUGCACAAGAUUCAAAGCGAUAUAACAGGUGUUCAAUGGUACUUGAAACCAAUGUGAUACUGUUCCUUGACCUGCGAUCUUUCACACUUUUGUUCUUUCCGAAAGUGAGUUUAUUGCUCACUGAUAAACACCGUAAAGCAUUGUGCGUUUUUCAAAAUUUAUUUUCACAGUUCUGCAUGUAGCUGCAUUUUCUGAUGAUGAAAAGCUGAAUUAUUACUUUAAGCGCUGUGGUUUACAGACGUAGCAACUGUGUUCUUGCUCUGAUUUCUUGAUGUGUUGACUGAACAGAAAUGAUAUGAACUCUUUCCAGAAGCAUCGUAACAUGGCAACUUGCAUGAAAAUCUUUCAUUACAUUCUACCUAGUACACUCUAUUGGCAUACAGUAGUUUGUUUGCGGUUUGUUUUUGAAGGGUAUAUAUGAGGAUUGAUAAAAUUAAAAUUUUAGUGGUUGUUUUAUGGAUUUGAUUGGCUUCCAAACAGUCAGUAGAAUCCACAAUAAGAUUCAUUAAACAGUGUCAAAUAAAGGCAACACUCAUGCUAGCCUACCUAGUUCUGAAACUUGCUGUGUUGUUGAAUGAACAUGAAUGGACUGUAUUAUAGCUUGCAAACUGUAUGUACUGCAUUAUAGCCUUUUCGAAUUGCUCUUUUCAUAUGGUUUCUGUUGUGCUAAUGUGCAAUUCAGCACCAAUGCUAGCUGUUUGUAACAAAGCAGCAGUAAAUGCUUUUCCAUUAAGUGGCGUUGUUGGGUGCUGUGAUGAAACUUUCCAUGUGUUGCACACUUUAUACAUCUUUUGAACAAUGUAAUUUGUUGCAGUGGUGAGCAGGGUAUUCUUUUGUGUUUAUCAUGGCAGGGCACUUUGUGGCCACUCUGCUCAUGCACUGCCUGAAGAGGUAAAAUAUGUUCAAAUGAAGUUUGUCGUAUCUGAUAAAUUAACGUAAAACAUUCCAAUGUCUAUGUUCUAUAUAUACUUGUGUGGUAUACCUGAUUUGAUACAUUUAUUGUGUUGACUGUGUGCAAGUGCAUUGACUUUGAAAUAAAGUGACCUUGUGUUACUGUG